AUGAUCCGGUCGCUGUACCUCCGUGCGGCGGCACGGGCGAGGAGAAGGGUUCAGUUCGGGAGGGUUGGGUUUAGAUGUGUUUCUGGGAAGAGGGGGUUUUCGAGUACGGGAGAGAGGAGGGCGGAGGUUGAGCUUACUAUUGGUAUGUUUUUGUUGGGCUUGGUUGAAGGAGGAGGGGUGGAGGUGGAGGUGGAGGUGGAGAAUAUUGCUAUCACGAGCCGAAUGUGUUUAGUCGAGGUCGAACGAGCUCCCAAACCGGUAGCAUCAUGUGCAUGGCCAGUCCAGCCGGGAAUGGUCGUCAAGACAAACUCCCCCAUCACACACAAAGCAAGAGAAGGCGUCAUGGAAUUCCUUCUCGCAAACCACCCCCUGGACUGCCCAAUCUGCGACCAGGGCGGAGAAUGCGAUCUGCAAGAUCAGUCGAUGAGAUAUGGUGCUGACCGUGGUCGGUUCCACGAGAUAGGCGGCAAACGCGCCGUGGAGGACAAGAAUAUUGGACCCUUGAUCAAGACCUCGAUGAACAGAUGCAUCCACUGCACACGCUGCGUUCGAUUUGCCAAUGACAUUGCUGGUGCCCCUGAGCUGGGAACGACGGGCCGAGGAAACGAGAUGCAGAUCGGCACGUAUUUGGAAAAGAAUUUGGAUUCGGAAUUAUCUGGCAACGUUAUCGAUUUGUGUCCUGUUGGUGCAUUGACGUCGAAACCAUAUGCCUUCCGCGCACGACCAUGGGAGUUGCAACAUACGGAAUCCAUCGAUGUGCUGGACGCCCUUGGAUCGAAUAUCCGAAUCGACGCCCGCGGAAUGGAAGUCAUGCGCAUCCUCCCCAGGUUAAACGACGACGUCAACGAGGAAUGGAUCAACGACAAAACCCGCUUCGCCUGCGACGGCCUGCGCACCCAACGCCUUACCACCCCACUAAUCCGCCGCGACAACAAAUUCCACCCCGUAACCUGGGAACAAGCCCUGACUGAAAUCGGCAACGUCUUCCGCACCCUCUCCCUGCAAGCCAACGAAUUCAAAGCCGUAGCUGGCCACCUCAUCGAAACCGAAUCCCUCGUCGCCAUGAAAGAUCUCGCGAACAGGCUCAACUCCGACAACCUGGCCCUCGACCAGCCCAACGGCAACCUCCCGCUCGCCCACGGCAUAGACGUCCGCUCAAACUACCUCUUCAAUUCCAAAAUCUACGGCAUCGAAGAAGCAGACGCCAUCCUCCUCAUCGCGACGAAUCCGCGCCACGAAGCCGCUGUCCUCAACGCCCGCAUCCGCAAACAGUUCCUCCGCACAGACCUGCAGGUCGCCCUCAUCGGCGAGGAAUUCGACAGCACCUUCGCCUACAAACACCUCGGCAACUCUCUCAGGGACCUCAAGGCCGCGCUCGCGGGUGCCUUCGGCAAGACCCUGGCCUCCGCCAAGCGGCCGAUGAUCAUCCUUGGCUCCGCCGCGGCCGAGCACCCCGAUGCGCGCGCCAUCUUCGAAACGGUUGGCUCCUUCGUCGAUAAGAAUGCAGCUACCUUCCUCACUCCGGAAUGGACGGGAUAUAACGUGCUGCAGCGUGCCGCGUCGCGCGCCGGCGCAUAUGAAGUCGGCUUCACCACGCCCUCUCCCGCUAUCGCAAACGUGACACCGAAGAUAAUCUGGCUGCUGGGCGCGGAUGAGAUAUCCGAGUCCGACAUCCCCAAGUCUGCCUUCGUGAUCUACCAGGGUCACCAUGGGGAUCGGGGUGCUACGCUUGCGGACGUGGUGUUGCCGGGGACAGCGUAUACAGAGAAGUCGGGGACGUAUGUUAAUACCGAAGGACGGGUGCAAAUAACGCGGGCGGCGGUUAGUGCGCCAGGGGCGGCGAGGGAGGAUUGGAAGAUUAUUCGGGCUGCGAGUGAAUACUUGGGGGUACCGUUGGCGUAUGAUGAUGUGGAGAUGUUGAGGGAUCGGAUGGAGAUGGUUAGUCCGGUUCUUAGGAGGUAUGAUGUUGUUGAUGGGGUGUCGGGGGUGGUGGGGGCGUUGGGGAGGGUACAGCUUGUUAAUGGGAAUAGAGAUGGGGGGAGGAGUGGGGAGGUGAGGAGUGGGAAGAGUGGGGAUGGGUUUAGAAGGGUUGUGGAGGAUUUUUAUUUUACGGAUGUUAUUUCGAGGAGCUCCCCAACGAUGGCCCGCUGCUCCGCGGCCAAGAGGACGGGAAAUCCAGAUACUAAUUUCAUGAUCGGAAGUGCAGUGGAGGAACAGGAGCGUAUGAGCGGUGCAUCAAGCGCUUAA